UCUUGAUUCCAGCUCGUGCUUCAUCCAGCCUGGCAUUUCGUUCGAAUGAUGUACUCUGCAUAGAAGGUAAAUAAGCAGGGUGACAAUAUACAACCUUGAUGUACUCCUUUCCCAAUUCGGAACCAGUCCCUUUUUCCAUUUCAGGUCCUAACUGUUGCUUGUUGACCUACAUGCAGAUUUCUCAGGAGGCAGGUACUUAUUAAAAAAAAAAACUUCUCCAAAUGCUGCUGGGACACACAGCAAUAUCACCUGUGACACGCCUCAGAGCAGUGCUGUGUGUCGGGGGAGGAAGUGAGGGCCCCGGGCAGGGGGCAUCUCUCCGGCUGGGACCAGGUGAGUCGUAUCCCUUCUGGUCUCCAGGUCACCACCCAGAGACGCUCACUGCUGGGGGGAUGCGUGAAUGGGUGGCUGGCUGCUGCCUUCACUCCACCCAGGAGCCCCUUCUUGUCUUCUGCUCCAGACACUCCCACAGACCAUAAAGAGCCCUGCAUCUCGCAGGAAUGACCACCCAAGGGUCUCCGUGAGGCUGUGACUGUCCAGGUCAAGAGUGGAGUUGAGCAGUGCCCUGGUGUAGACAGCAGAGCUCGGAUGGGAGAACCUUAGGAGGCCGCCUGAGUCCCAGCCCUCGGUGUCCUCAGAGGUCCGAGCUCUGGUGCUGGAGGGACGAGCCCCAGAUAGGGGUCAGGACAGGGGUCCCCUGCUUGUCUGCUCCUCUCUGGGCAGGUCUCUGGGGUCUCUGGGCCCAGGGGUGCCUGUCUGCUGUGUGUGGAGGGGGAGGAGCUCCGGCUCUGAAGUUUCUCUUCUGUGAACAGUUUCUUGCUCCUCCCCAGCUUCCCUCGGGUCUCCCUGCAGCCCUACCUCCCUCUCCCUUCCCUUCUCUUUUCAUACACAGGAGGCCCAGACACCCUCCAGUUCAGACAUGCUGCCGCCGCUGCUGCCGCUGCUGUGGGCGGAUGAGUGGAAGGCAGGGCGGGGGUCGCGGGUCGGGGGCUGGGCUGAUCCUCGGUUCCCCGCAGGGUCCCUGGCUUAUAAUUCGAGAUACUGGCUGGACGUGCAGCCUUCCGUGUCGGUGCAGGAGGGCUUGUGUAUCCGCGUGCCCUGCUCCGUCUACUAUCCCAGGGAAGGCUGAAAAGACUCCGACGCAGCUCAUGGCUACUGGUUCCGAGAAGGGGUGGAUACCGAUGGAGAUCCGGCGGCAGUGGCCACAAACAACCCAGCGCAUGCAGUGCUCAGCGAGACCCAGGGCCGAUUCCUCCUCCUUGGAGACCCCCGGACCAAAGACUGCUCCCUGGACAUCAGAGAGGCCCAGAGGAGGGACACAGUAGUAUACUUCUUUAGGUUGGAGAGAGGGCCUACUGUGAAAUAUAAUUAUAAAUGGCAUCCACUCUCCGUCCAUGUGAUGGCUCUGACAGAUACACCUGACAUCCACGUCCAGGGGACCCUAGCAUCUGGCCGCCCCACCAACUUCACCUGUGCGGUGCCAUGGGCCUGUGAGAUGGGGACACCACCCAUCUUCUCCUGGACCGGGGUCGCCCUCACCUCCCUGCACCCCAAGAGUCCCCACUCCUCAGUGCUCACCCUCACACCACAGCCCCAGGACCAUGGCACCAACCUCGCCUGUCGAGUGACCUUUCCAGGAACUGGCCUGAGCACACGGAAGACCAUCAGGCUCAAUGUGUCCUAUGCCGUGCAGAACCUGGAUAUUCGGGUCUUCUGGGAAAACAGCACAGGUGUGAGAUCCCUGGGCAGCAUGGAGGUCAGAUGGGGGGAUGCUGUGAAGACUAAACAGAAUCAGGCCCCUCAUCACUCAUCCCCUCUCGGCUCCUGCGUCUCCCCUCCCCUGUCCUCCUCUCUGUCCCCUGGCAGGACUCUCUCUGGGCCACUGUGGACUCCUAGGUGACUAUUCACUGUCAUCUCCCCUUGUUCCCUCUCUUCCCACCCCUCCUCACUGCUCACUUUCCCAUGCCAUCCUUUCCCUGAUUCUCUGUCAGUUUCCUGACUGUGCCAUCCCCAUCUCCCAGGAGUCUGAGUUCCCAAGCUGGGUACCAGGCUCCUGGUCUUCCCUCGUGUCUCAGAUGGUAAAGAAUCCACCUGCAAUGCAGGAGACCCAGGUUCGAUCCCUGGGUGGAAAGAUCCCCUGGAGGUUGAAAUG